UGGUAUAAUUUGUAAACCAUCAUAUUGACGACGUCGUUGACGACAGGAAAUUGCAAAAAUGGCUAUUGAGUUUGGGACAGGAAAGACUAUUUUUAUUUUGGCGAUUGUAGUUGGAUGUUUUGCAGUUUUGUGGCCGAAAUUAUUUUAUCCUAUGCUACAGGCUUCAGUCAGUGCACGAAAUCAUAUAGAUAAUUCACAAGUAUCAGCAUGCUGUGAUGUUAUCUUCGAAACAGACGUAAAUGCGAUAAUGAUUAUGACAGAGAUGUGUGGUAAUAUCUUGCAACAUUAUGAUGAGAUAGAUCCCAAGCUGAUCCAGGCCUUUAAGCAGGGUAAACUCACUAAAGCAGGAUCUGAAACAUGUAGAAAUGAAGUUCUCAAUAAAUGUGGUGUUGACAUCACCACAUUUUUACAUGAAAACGUUCGCCUAGGGAAAACAUACAAGCAGAUUCUGGAUGAAAUACGUUCUUUUAACAGUUCCGUGUGCCUCAAAUUGAACUUUGGGAUUGCCCCCGGGUUGCUAGGUGCUCCUCACAGGAUGAGAGUUGGGGCUAUUCAUAUGCCAAGACAUCACCGUCAAGAAAGACCACCUCACCUACAUCCAGAUAUGUUGCAUCCAGCAUUACGAGAGAGAGGUCGGGCCAUUCCUCAGUCACACAUCAUACCAAGAGUUGUAGAGAAAGAAGGGCGGCCUGGUCCCAUACCAGGGAUGAGGCCACCAAUGGGUGGAGCAGGACAUGUGGUUCCAGCUCCAAAGGGCACCGGAACCAUGGGUGUUGUCAUGCCCAUAUACACGAUUGGAAUUGUGGUUUUCUUCAUGUACACUGUCAUGAAGGUAAUGGCACAACUUGUGGUUAUUUUCAAAAAGCCUGGACAUUCUGCAGUCAACUAUGGUGACUUCAGUUCCGAUCCAGACUUCCGAAAAAUGGUGUUCUCAGAGGAGUAUGUUGAUGAUCAUACCAACUCAUAUGGUGAUCAGUCUCAGCAGAAAGUGAAGCAUGAUGUAGCGCCCACUCGAAAGACUGCAGAAGAGAAUGGCACAAAACUCGGUUGGAAGGAACAUGACACAAGAGAUAUAGAGAUUGACCAUCUGCGCAAGCGUCUUGAAGAGACAGAAGCUGCCAUGGAGAGGAUUGUAGCUCAGAUGGGCUCGGUCCCUCACAAGUUACACUCUUCCUCAGGCACACAGUUGAUUGGUGCUAAGGGUGAAGAUAUAUUGAAUGAGAAGAGUAGGAAAACAGUAAGUGCUGGCCAAAUGGAGGCAUUGAAAAAAGAAGUGGAACCAAAGGAAGCAUCACAAAAGAGCACCAUAUCUUCAGAUACUACUCAAAAGGUAGAUGACUCAUCUAAACAUGAUCAUAUUAGUGAUAAUGGUAAGCCUAAGGUGCACGUGUUGGGGAUGGAGAUGACAGCCAGCUGUGAGGGGGGACAUCGCUGGAGCAGACCCGGCACACCUAUACUGGCUGUCACCUCACACAGUCGUAGUGACACACCUGUACGGCCCCUCACUCCAGAGCCACAGUCCAUCUAUCUAGAAGGAGCUCUUCCAUCACAGUCCCAGCUUCUAGUGUCAGAGUCUGAAACCCAGGCUGUCAUGGUAGACCCAGAGGAUCUGGAAUCUGACACAGACGCUCCAGUGAUACUCAGCGGAAAGAUGACUCUCUCUCUUAUCAGCCUGGAUGCUGCACUAGCUGCAGAAGAUGAGCAGUUGGGUCAUAAGGAACCAGUGUUGGAUACUACACUGGAUGAGAAACAGAAGCUGCAAGAGCUUGAAAGUGCCCUGAGGGAUGAAAUGGCUCCUGAAGCACCUGCCAUUGCAGAGGAAGGGAUUGAUGAAGACCAAGAUGGGAGAACAGACUUCCAACAUGUGAACGAUGCAGGUCAUGUAGACGACUUACCCACCACAACAAAUUACACGACAGCAAGUGCUGCUGAGGCCAUGGGACAGGAAGAAACAGCAGCUGAUUACUCUGCAAUGGAGUCCUUUGGCACAAAUGAUGAUCAGCAGGAAGAACUGGAAGAUGAGGAAGAAGAGGUGUGGAAUGGAGAUGUAGACUCUGCUGAAGAUGAGAGUGAAGAGGAGGAGGUGCCAGCACAAGCUUUUCCUCAGAAUGUGCAGCAGCAGCAUUGAUGUCUUGCAGGCUGAUUUUAAAUACUGACUACAUGUGUUAGCUAAUGCUGCCAUUACUCUGAGGAAACUGGUGAUUACUGCAGUUCUUAUCAUUUAAUAGUAGAUACAGAAAAUCACACAUUUGUAGCAACAAGUAAAGUUUUAUCGAAUAGCCAUAACCAGCGUAAUGCAUCUAGCCUGUUUGUGAGACUACUGAACCAUCAUAUCCAGUAUUCAGGACAUUGCUUGUAUUUACAGUACCACACUGCUCUUCAUGCUUGUAUAUCAUUGAGUUAAUUUUGGUAACCAAAAAACAUGAUAUUGUAAAUUGAUCCUUCAUGUAUGGUGCCAGUUUUGCUCAGUGAGUGGAUCUGCAACUUGCAGGAAGAUCAAGAUGGGGAUGCAAAUCUAGCAGGCUGGACAUGAGUAACAAUAAAUUACAUUUCAUGGUUGUGUCUCUUUAUUAUUUUACCAUUUUUUACAAAACAGAUCCAAGCUGAGUUAUGGAUGGGACUGUUCAGAAAGCUAAGAUAAUGUCUUGGAUACAAAUUUAAUUUUUAAGGUACAAAACAAUAUUUUUAUAUGUAUAUGAAUGAAAAAAAAUUUGCAUUUGUGUCCAAGUGAAGGUUGAAGAACACAGUAGCUAACUUUUCUGUCAUUUUGUUUGCUUAUGACCUGUGUGUUUGAUGUGCAUGGUAGAGUUUUCUACCAUGUAUCAAGUCCAGUAGCUGCACUGUGCUUUUCAUUUCCUUCUGUUUAUGUGAACAAAGUACCAACAAGAUAUCAUAAAGUUCUUUGAACAAAGUAUACGUAAUGGCUGAGUGCUGCAGUUAAGCCUGAAAACUUACUAAUUAAUUAUGAAUAAUGACUGUAUAUAUAAACUAAAUAUCAUUGUAGAUAUUAAAUACGUGUUCUUUUUGAUAUAUGUUCAUUUUGUUGGUUGAUAUUUAAAAAUGCUGUGUGCCAAAAUAUGUAUCAAUUUUAUCACCUGACUAUCUACUUGAAAUAAUUAUAUAGCCUUCCGACAUUUGAAAUAUGGUAUAUGGCAGACCAAUAUCCUAACAUAUUAAAUUUACUAAUCUGUGGGAGCUCUA